AUGCCUAUUCUUCUCCUUUUGUCAUGUGGAACUUUCGGUUCUUCGCAGGUCUCUGUGGACCAAAUCCCGCCACGCAUUGCGUAUAAUGCAGAUGAAGAGAAGUCUGCAACAUCACCCGAUCCUUACCUAGACUUUGUCAGACCAACCUUGGCAAGUUCUCAGCCCGGUGAAUUCCAUACUCGCAGGCCUACAAGACGUCGGACAUUCCCAGAUGCAGAGACUACCAGUAGACUUCUGAGUCGCUCGUUGUCACUUAAAUCUCUUCUCCGAAGGCAUACAUUUGGCAGUCAACCUCCGAUGGCUCCAAUAUUGACAGAAAGUGUGACCAUCUCUGGCCAAGUCCGUCACAAGUACAUGGAACUCAAAUGGCUUCCACGAAAUUUCGGAAAGGAUUUACUCGGUAUCUGUGACAUGGAUACCCUCGUGAAAGAAAUCAAAAGCAAAACACGAGACUUUGCAGAUAGAGAAACUCAAGACUUGAAGGAUUUUAUCCGCAACAAAGCUCCACAGCUCUCCGUCAUGCUACUUUAUUUCAAAGACAUUGGCCUCAUUGAGCAAUUCUAUCGGCACGGCAUCACGGACUCACAUUUCCCCCUUGACUCUAGGCAGGCCGAUGACAACCCUGACCAGAUGCACGUUACACAUCCACGGGCAACAUUGGAUAUCGAUGAGAGGUCAUCGCACGUGUUAUUUUACGCUCCACAUCCUUCGCAAAAUGAAUUCUUUGUCCCUGUACUCGAGUGGAAAGGCUUCAAUGACACCCCUCUGACGGGGCAAUUGCCCUUUCUUAUCAAACCUACUGCAAUCAGUACCACAGAUUUCAGUAUAGUGCGCAAAUCCACAAUCCACCGCCAUCAUGUUGAUAUGAAGGUCAACGGUCUCAAAACCGAAGUUGAUGAGGACAACAAUCCAUUGGUCGCUAUCAAAGAGCUACUGCAGACUACCAUGACGUUGACUCAAUUCGAAACUCUGACCAGAUAUGAGUACAAUUGUCUCAAUAAGCUGAGGACAUCAGAGUUUGAUACGCCACAUCUGAUCAAGGCAGCUGCAUUCUACCGGAAGGACGACAGCCUUUUCUUUGUCUUUCCGUGGGCAAAGCACGGCAACCUCCUCAACUUCUGGAAACAAAAGUCCCCCGAAAUUCAUGAUCAAAGAUAUGUCAGGUGGCUUUUUGGCCAGUUUCUUGGAAUGGCCCAAACCGUCGAAUCCCUGCACAAUCCGAACGUCAACAUUCGUCAUGGUGACUUGAAACCUGAGAAUAUACUCUGCUUCGAAUCUUCUGACUCGAAUGCUGAGGGGAAAGACACCCCUUACGUGUUUGUCAUCUCUGAUGUAGGCUUGGCAAAAGAGCACGAGAGAUUGACUCAAUUCCGUUCUCGGACGAAGCAACCGGGGGGCGGAACAAUGGUCUACGCUGCCCCAGAAAUGGAAAUGCAUGAGAAUCGGGCCACAUCACGAAGAUACGACAUAUGGUCUUUGGGAUGCAUAUAUCUUGAGUUCAUCAUAUGGCUGCUUUACAAAUUUGAGGGACUGCAGGAAUUUUCCAAACAAAGGAACGGAAAGUUCUACAGAAUCCAAGACAACACAGAUGCCCUGCGGCCUGGGGGCAUAGUGAAGACUGCAGAGCUCAAUCCAGCGGUCUCACACUGGAUCUCGCACGCGAUCAAGUCUUCUCGAACUGCACCAAACGAAGACAGUGCAAUAAGCCGCUUAUUGUCACUCAUUGCAGACCGCCUUCUCGUUAUUGAUGCCAAUCCCGACUACACCGACCUGAAAUCAGCAGAUAACGAUGAAGCCAUCUCAUUGAGUCCAAUUUCAAGCAGCCCGCCUUCACAGUUUGUUGACCAGCCAACUAUCCGUGUUAGAAGAGCCUCGACGGAUCUUGGAAGGAGAAUGUCAACAGAGAGAGCGUAUGCUGGAGAGAUGUACGACGAGAUAUCUGAAAUAAUCAGACAAGCUCAGACAGGACAAAUCAAAUGGAUCAACCAUGGAGAUUCGACGCUGCAAAUACCAGAUUUGCCACCAAGUCCUAGUCGACCAGCCCUCAGAGGUAAUGAAGUGAGUACAGACUAUGACCAUUCUGCGGAGAGAUCUGUUUCUGACGCAUAG